AUGGGUAAUCUCUCUCCUAGACAAUCGAAAAAUUUUCAUGGUGGAUUUUCUAGUGAUUUAACAUUGACACCAACUCGAUCAUCAUGGAAAAAGCAAUUGCAAAUAAUUAAUGAUACUUUAAAUGUAAAAAAAAUGUCUUUACGUCAUACACAUGAAAAAAAUAAGCAUUACGGAAUGACAAUUGAUGAAAAUAAUCAUAAUUUAUUCUCAAAAAAACAUUUUUAUGAUAUAGCUAAAAAUAAUUGUGAAAAAACAAAUAAAAAAUUAUCGAAAAAAGAUCAACGACAAAUAAAUGUUAAAAAGUCGUUUAGUCUUUUUUCAAUUAAACAACCAUUAGCUGAUUUAACCAAUAUAGAAAAUUUAAAAGAACCAGUAGAACAACAAGAACAACAAUUAGUGAACAAUAAAAUGGCCACUGUAAUCCAAUAUAGACGAAUGCCAGAAUUUGAAUUGACAACAGUGACAAAACGUCAUUCAACAUUUGUUCCAACCGUAUAUCAUUUACCAAAACCUCAGUCUCAAUUUUACCAUCAUUUUCAAAUUCAAUUGUCUUCCAAUAAUAGUACAUCGAAUAAUAAUAAUCAUGGAUUAUCAUCAAGUACAAAACAUAUUCGUUCAUUACAUCCCACCACAACAAAAGCACAAAGAACGAUAAUUCAAGCAUCAACAAGUGAAUUAUUACAUUGUUUGAGUGAAUAUUUAUGCUCGUCGUGUUCACAUUUGUUACCAAUACUUGAUCCACUCGAUUGUAUUGUAUGGAUAAAAAGUGCUGAUCGUCAACUUAUAUUACAAGGUUGGCAAGAGCAAGUAUUUGUUAGUCCAGUUAAUGUUGUUUUUGUUUAUUUGCUUGUACGUGAUACAUUAACAUAUAUUGUGCCAUCCACAACAAUUAAGAGUGUUUCAGAAUUACAUUCAAUUGUUUUAACUUGUCUUUAUUUAGCAUUUAGUUAUAUGGGUAAUGAAAUAACGUAUCCAUUAAAACCAUUUGUUACAGAUAAUGAAACACGUGAUGUUUUUUGGAAACGAGUUGUUUUGAUUAUGGGACAAUUAAGUUCAAAAAUGUUAGCUAUUAAUCAAAAUCCAAAAUUUUUCACUGAAUGUUUUUCAGAAUUAAAAAAAUAUAAUCUAGUCCAAUAA